CAUCGAAGAGCGGCGUCCUGAGCCUGACAGCGCACAAUAAUCUCAUCAUUAGCGAGACUGCCACAACAUGUGCGCAGGCGACAUAGUUGAGGAUGCCCAUGGAUGUAUAGAUGCAUGUCCCGUCUGCUACAUCUUCACGCCGGACAAUGUUUUACAGAUUCUGUCAGGGGGUGAAAUCGAACUUGGAGCAGUCGAUUUAUUUCUCGAGGUUGCACAGAUAGGAUGUCGCUUGUGCCAAGCUCUUUGUGAGAUAUGGAGCUUGAAUGAGGAGAUUUUUCAACCUGGUAACCAAAUCAGCGCCAGAAAACAAGAAGAUGCGCCGCCUGGCGUUCUUUUAGCUGUUCUCUUCGAGAUCAGAGAACCUCUCAGUUUCAAUUGGAUGAAUGAAGGGACUGGUACCAUCAGGGACCGGAAGUUCAAGUCUUGGGCGAUACCGUUUGGAAUUUACACAAAACGUUCUGAAUUGCUUGAUCACUUUAUUAUUACGGGGCCACCAAAUCCUUCUGUUACCCGUGAUGAAAUAUUCGACUCCUUCAAGCUCAACCUUAUGGAUUGUCUGUCAAAUCACACGGAAUGCCAGAAGCCGAAUCCAAAUCAAUCUCCUACCAGGGUAUUACGACUCGAAGAUAGUGACCCAAAGAGAGUAUUUGUGCAUGAAUGUGAACCUGACGAAGAAAUCAAGUAUAUCGCACUGAGCUAUUGCUGGGGAAAGACAAAACAAAUCAUGCUCACCAAAGCCAAUAUCAAAGAUUUCACGGAGAAGGGCAUAGAUGCCAGGAUUCUCCCAAAAACAAUCGAGGAUAGCAUUACCGCGACACGGAAACUAGGCAUCAAGUAUUUGUGGAUUGAUUCACUGUGCAUUAUUCAAGAUUCGACAGAAGACAAGGACAAAGAGAUCGUUGCUAUGUCUAAUAUCUACAAGAACGCUACCAUGACUAUCUCAGCUGCUUCUGCUGAGGACUGCGGACAAGGUUUCUUGGAAGACCGAGCGGAUGUUCAACUUCGUCUCGAUAAAUCCUUGUGUUUGCCAUUUCUCAGCCAAGCAGAUGAAGAAACUCAAGAACGCAAGGUCAUUGAUUGGGUCUACUUAUGUCCAGAUCCCUACAUGGGCCAUAAAGUAAAGUUGUUCUCUGAAGAACACAUUAACACCAGAGCAUGGACGUAUCAAGAAUCGACUCUCGCGCCUAGGCUUGUUAUUUUUGGUUCCGGACCACCGCAGUGGCAUUGCAAAGAGAGAUGGAGAAUCUCUGGACUGGAUAUUCCCCCAGCCUUUCUGCCAAACCCACAGCCCACUUCGGGAGUCAUGAAAAUCACGAUAGAAGAUGGAUCAAUUUCAGCAGACCAGACACUGAGAUAUGUUGACCGACCGACGCCGCCUAACGAUGACAUUGGAUUGCGGCUUGCUUGGUUCCCGGUCCUGGAAAACUACUCGCAAAGGUCAUUGAGUUUCCAAACAGACAAGCUUGCGGCUUUGUCUGCACUAGCUGCGGAGCAUCAGUCGCCUGAGGGAGGAACUUAUGCUGCAGGUCUUUGGAGGCGUUCUUUACCCCGCGGCCUUCUAUGGCGCCGAUCCGGCAAUAGCAAAGAAAGUGGAGUGGGUACAAGGGGACAUCCGAAAGCAGACACAAUCUCGUAUCUCCGUGGUCGAUUAUUUGAUAUGUCAUUAACAGAAUCGCAAGACUCUUCCAUAUGGUUAAGAAAGUACGUCGCGCCAUCUUGGUCGCCAAUGUCAAGCAGAGUUCCUAUUUGUUUCGAGAGCUCGGCAACUCGGGACAAUGAUGAAUACCACACAUCUCUUGUCGAGAUCAAUGACCUCCACGUUGAGCUUACAACCCGAAUCAAUCCCUUCGGAGGAUUAAACUUCAGCUAUCUGGAUAUAAAAGGGCCAAUGUGUUCAAUGGCCUGGCAAGAACUCACAGCCAACUUCGUCAUCGUCGCUCAUGGAGAACCAUUUGAAUACCAGGACUACAUAAUACCAGACAAUCCGGUCUUCUUCGCGGAGAUGAGUGAGAAAUAUGAGGCUUCAUUCAAUCCACAGUCGCUUGCUGACACCAGCGUACAACAUCCUGUUGACGAUGGAGGUGCUUCAAUAUUUAUUGGUGAUGGCAUAAUAAGGAUACAAAUGCCAGUCGUGCCGGAACCGGCUUCACUGGUAUGUCCUGACUCGGAGAUACCUUUUACUCCAGUGGCCGACGUGAAGGAAGCAGUAUUCAACGCAUUGCAACCCGAGACUCCAAGUUCUGGGCAUCCUGCAUCAGGCUCAAGUGAUAGCCAUCGCUCCAUUCAUGGUCUCGCGAGUCAUUUACGUGAUCACGGAAAUAGCAAUUCCCCCUCAAACGAGAAAGAAGAAUGCGAGUUCUGGCUCCUUGAGGUAGAAAGAUCUAUGAGUCCUGCUGGGCUUGUUUUAAAACGUGUAGAUGGCGAUAUAUUUACACGUGUGGGAUAUUUCGGGAUGAAUCGUAGCUUGGAUCCGGAGAUUGUCUGUUUGCCUGGAGGGAUACAGGUGAGGGGAAGUAAGACAUGGAAUUUUGCAGGGCCGGAGGGGGAAGAUACUUGGAAAGAGGGGCUGAAGAGAAGGAGAAUAUAUCUUGUUUGAUCAGUGGAAGUGAUGAUGAAGUACGAUGAGGAACAAAAUCAGAGAUAGCAUGUUUCAGGCCAUACACCACUCUAGCAAAUAUAAAUGAGG